UAGUUCUGCUGGCUGAACAUAUUGUAGAACCAUUACAAAGGGGAAUGGUCGAUGCUAUAGCAAGUGGCACAGCGACCAUACAAUCCUGCGCUCCACUCAGGACUAAAUUGAGAAUUGCCUCUCCCCUUGUGAGUUCCUGUACCAGUGGCUCCAAGAAGCAGUCAUUUCAAAUAUCGACAAAUUUUGUCUCUGCAUUUCGUCCUGAGAGUGAAAGACAAUUCUUGAACAAAGAAAUUAACCAAUGGCUCUUAAGCACAAACACGUAGCAUUUUCACUGGGAAACCAGCACAUCACGUACCAGUGAUAGUGAUCCCAGGCUCCUCACUCUGGAACUUGAGUCAAGGAAGAGUACCAACCAAGGACCAAGCAAAUAUUUCACCAUCUACCUACAGUGUCAGAGAUGCCACACAGAGAACCCCUCCUCCACAUCUCUCCUACUGUGGAUAAUAACAUCAUAGGUGUUGGGCAGGAUGGACUGGUUUCCAUCUGGACCAGAAACUUAAAAUUGAAGAAAAGUCGGCUUAUACUUAACUCAAAUAUUUGUAUUUAUCUAUACAUUGAACCUAUGCAGUUAGAUUUUUGUAUGUAUUUUCAUCUCACGUUAAGUUCUUGGCAAUUUCCUUUUGGACUGCAGAAUGAAAACAAAGUAUUAAACAGAAAACUGAAAUGGAUUUCAGAUUCAACUUUAAUGUCUCAGUACAAUAAGCUGAUUAUUGGAACCUGUGACAGAGAGAUACGUCUAUAUGAACUUUCCAACUUUGAACCAUACUGUCAAAUCACUGGCCUUGAAACAAUGCCUCUACACCUAGAUUACAGUGUUCGAGAGGAAGAUGAAUGCAUAAUAUUGUAUGGUGAUGAGCAGGGCUGUGUUAACAUCAUCUUGAUCUCUUCUGUGGGAGAAACACUGAGGAAUUGGACAAAGUGUCCAGCUGUGGAGGAAAUCCCCAGUGUUUCCAUGGAGAACAUUAAUGACAGUAGAAAUAUCACCUUCAUUCGCUGGAAGGUCCAUAAUGAUUGGGUGACCAAGAUCAAAUACAUUAAUUCUAUAGAAUCCAUUAUAUCCAGUUCAAAUGAUGAUUAUACUGCACUAGUUAUAGGCUGUGUCAAUGAAACUAAAGAUGUGCAGCAUCGUUUGAGGAUUCUGAUGGACUCCAGCAGCUUUCCAACCAAGUGCUCUCUGCCAGGUGGGGCUUCCCCUCCAAGGCGCUUUAACUGUGAUGAAUCGCAAUUCAAAGUGCACAGAGGGGUCAAGGCCUUUGACUUCUGUAAAGAAAGUAACAUUCUUGUGACGGGCGGUUUGGACCGGAAUAUUCGUCUAUGGAAUCCUUAUGUUCCUGGAUGGGCUAUUGGCCUACUGCGUGGACAUACUUCCCCAAUUGGCUUCCUGUGUAUAGCUGAUGGCAACACAAAGCUCUUCUCAGUCUCCAUGGACUGCACUGUUAAGGUGUGGGACAUUGAAGACCAGUCCUGCCUCCUCACUAUGAUUCCCAAAGCCAAUCAGAUCAGAGGAGAGAUGUCAGUUUGUUACUUCUCAAAUGAGCUGAGAGCGCUCUACCUUGCCGCAGAUUGCCUUGUUCUCCUGCACUUCCAACAGAAGGAAGACCGGCUAAGUAAUUCUUGUAUGUCCCAUAAUGAACCAAUCCUCUGCUGCCAGUAUAACAGGCCAUUCCGGCAGGUGGUUAGUUGCUCAGAAGGAUCUGCUAUAAAAGUGUGGGAUCUUCAAAAUGGACAACUGGUUACUGAAGUCUAUGAAGCUCAUGGAGAUGCUGCUGUGACCUGCAUGGCCCUAGACACCAGUGGCAAGAGAUUGAUCACUGGUGGCAGAGAUGGAAGCCUGAAAAAAUGGGAUUGUAGCACCAUUCGUUAUAUCCAUACCCUUAAGCAAGGCACUUCAAGUGAUGAAGUCACCGCCUGCACAUAUGCUGAUAUUUACAGCAACAGGUACAUCAUAUCUGUUGGUUGGGACCGGAAGAUCAAUAUUUUCCCUGAUCUUCAUAGUGAAGCAACUGAAGGGCGAUGCCCACAAGUGGAUUGGAUUGACAGUGUGGAAAAUGGUCACAAAGACGAUGUAUUAUGUGUGUCCUUCUGCCCUCCAAAUCUCGUGGCCUCUUCCAGUUAUGAUGGUGAAAUUCUCAUAUGGAAUCUCAUCUCAGGACAUAUUUGUAACCGGCUUAGUGCUGUAAGCCAGGCAGUAAUGGAGGAUGGGACAGAGGAUUUAAUCAUCAACAAAGUCACAUUUCUCCAGUCAAGGUCAGAAAGGAAGAUGACAGCAGCUUCUUUAGUGUCAAGUGGACCCCGAGGUUAUAUUACAUUUUGGAAUAUCUUUGGAGGAGGGAAGCUAUUUGCUUAUUUCAUUGGAUCCAAGGACAGGUCUACACUCAGUGACAUGGCUGUCAGUGAUGAUGACUGCCUUCUGUGUGCAGCUGAUCACAUAGGUUACAUCUAUAUUUGGAACAUCACAAAAUAUGCCCUUCAGGGACCAGAGGAGGAACCACCAGCGUGUGAGCAACACUUUCUCCUCCCCUUUCAAUCACAAUGCCCCUUGACUCUGUCACACGUUGCUGAUAGCUGCAUAACAGAUUUGUAUCUUAUUUUUUUUUCCCCAUCCCGUUGUCAAGUGCUUCUAAGUUGGAGAGCUCAUAGCUGCAGUGUUACAAGUGUUGCCUGGGUGAGUGAAGACCGGCUGCUUCUCACCUCAUCUGUGGACUGCACAGUGAAGCUGUGGAGCCUAGAAGGGGAAUAUAUAGGUACAUUUGGUCAAAAAGAUCUGUGGAACAUCAAGGAUAGAAUGUCCUGGCAGAGAGGGCCUAAUCCAGACAGCCACAUUACUCCCGCUGCACCUGCUAGACAAGUGUCGGCAAUAAAACCAAGCUGUGCCACUGAAAGUGAAGAUGAGGCAAACAGUGCAGAGCCUGAAAGUCAAGUGGCUUCUCCUUUGAGUCUGAUAAAAGAUGAUGAAAUUGCAGAAGAACUGAAACAAAGGCAGAAAGCAAAGUCCGAGCACAGAGCACAUCAUUCUCAACUCAAAUGCAUUAAACAUGAAACCAGAGCGCUAACAACUUACCACUCUUUGCAGCUGUGUGAGUUAACGUGUUUGCCAGCCACCUUCCAUAAACUAAAUCCAAGGAGAUGUAAUGAUCCAGACAACCUGGCAUUCUAACAUGACUUUUGAGAGUGUUGGAGGCAGAUGCUACUUGCCUGCCAGUAUGGCAACAGAAAAAGGCAAGUUCUUCACAAAGCAUCACCCCUGGAUCUGGCUCAUUCUUCUAAAAUGACAAAUGUAAUUAUGGGAAUCUUAGGCCUUUUGUGCAGUUACUCAACUCUUGUUACUCACCUUCUCUUGACUCCAUGAGAAUUAUGGUCCAGUUAUUGGGCUGCCUUUUUUUAGCUUUCCUUCCUUUUAGGGAAAGUGACUGAGGUGGUUUUGGUGAAGCAGCUGUGGUGUUAGCAGGGAACCUUGACUUCUUUUGCUUUAUUUAUGUCUAAAGCCAUGCUAGAAGGCAAAGCUAAGCAUUAGAUGUGGUGGUGGUGGUUGUUCUGUAAUUAUUGACUAAAAGCAGGUGACCACCUGCUUUUUUACCUCUAGAUCUGGGAGUUGCCUGGUGAUGCUAGUGAGCAUGAGCUAUAGGUGGCAGAGUUAAACAGAAUCCUACUGGAGUGGUUGGUCUCACUGCCUGGGAGGACACACACAAGUGUUUGGUCAAGUGUGCAUUUGCUCCAAGGGCAGCCUUGAAUGAGAUACUGCAGGGUUCUACUUUAUUGCUCUUCUUACACAGCAUGUGAAGUCGCCAGGAGAGAGGUGAG